AUGAAGACAUCAUCAGUUAUCUCUUUAGCGGCUCUGUCCGCGACGGGCGUCGUGGCUAAGCCGAUGCCUGUGUGGACGAAUGAGGUAGCGCCGCGGGACAUCGACGGUAUAAAAUCGAUUAUUGGAAAGGUCUCCGAUGCUAUUACGAAACUCGAUGGAUCUGUUAAGGCCUUUGAUGGCUCUGACAUUAAGGGUGUAGAGAGCGACGCAAAAGACCUCGUCAAACUCCUCACAGAUGGCGGAAAGGAACUAACCAGCGGUGACGAUGAGCUCUCGUUGGUCGAUGCGAUAGGACUGACGGAUAUCGUCACACCGCUGGGUCCCGCGGCUGAGAGCCUGCUCAAGGAUGUGACGGACAAGAAGAAGGAGUUCGAGAAAUGGGCGCUAUGCUCCAUCGUUGGUGGUGCUGUUCAGGAUAUUGGGGGUGCUGCUAAGUCUCUUGUCGACGGCGUCGUUGACCAGGUCCCUGAGGAGGCGCGUGGCAUCGCACAGGACGUUGCCGACCAGGUCGUAAACAAGCUGUCCAGCUUAGUGGGCGAAUUUGCCCCGGACAAGUGCAAGGACGCGAAGGAAACUCCCAAGCCUUCUGACGACAGUAAUAUCACCAUAGAGACUACCAUCACAACUACCACUCCUUGCUCAACCCACCCUACAGAGACUCCUACAGAGACUCCCUCUACCACGCCGUGUGACGAAAACACAACCGUGGAGAUCACCAUAACAACCACCACUCCUUGCAGCUCUACCGAAACCCCCAAGGAAACUCCCCCGCCGACGGACACUCCUAAGGAGACACCACCUUCGAACACCCCGAAGGAGACUACGCCACCCAAGGAGACUCCCAAGGAGACACCUAAGGAAAGCAGCACUUCAUCAAAGGAGACCUCCACGUCGACCUCCGAAACCCCUAAGGAGACGCCGACGGAAAGCAACCCUCCUAAGGAUACUCCCAAGGAGAGUAACCCCCCGAAAGAUACUCCUAAGGAGAGCACUCCUCCUAAGGAAACCCCCAAGGAGACCCCACCGCCCGAGGAAACUCCUAAAGAGACUCCCCCCACCGUCAUCAAGAGCACCGUUACCGAGACAGCGCCCUGCUCAUGCGAGACCGAAUCUUCCACCACCCCCGUCGAGAUCGUCACCGUCACAACUACGCCGCCCUGCUCGACUUCUUCCGUCGUGACGACUUCUUCCAUCGUGACCCCGCCUCCUCCUCCCCCAGCCCCGAUCACCACCCCGAUCGUCAGCGCCAACACAACCACCAUACCCAGCCCCACCGGCUCAAUCUCUAAGCCGGCCAUCCCCAUCGCUACCGGCGGCGCCGUCGCUCAAGUAGCUACCACGGGUGCCACCGGCUUAUUCGCCGUUCUCGCCGCCAUCUUCAUGCUGUAA